AUGAAGUCAGGCGAGAUCAACAGCGAGAACUUUAAGCAUGUUGGAGUACUUGUGCUUGAUCGAAAACUGGAAGGUUCUGUGCGCCAUGUGCUUGAGAACACAGUUGAUGGAAGCAUUAAACGUAUUCAGUUCGAUGAACGUCUGAAUGAAGUCGUCGACAUUGGCUCCGAUAUAGAGCAAAUGAACGUCAAACAAUCGAUUCACUAUGAUGUGAUGCAUAUCGCUACGUUACUCUCCAUCGGCAGACUCCCACGUCAAGCGUUGGGAGUGGGACUUCUGAAAUUGGGAGUUGUCAUGAAUGUUCUUGAUGGUCGUGAUAUAUUCAGAAAGCAGUUCACCUGGCGCGAUCCAUUGCAGUCCGAAGACCCUAAUGUGACGUUUUUCACUUAG